AUGUAUAAAAUUAAUUUAUUUGUGACAUUGUUUUUGUGUGUGAGUUACGUAAGUGGAAAAGUGAACUCUACGGACGAUGGGACAAGCUCUAGAAUGGCUUGGAUGAAGAGUCUGUUGGACCAUCAUGACUGGAUUAACGUACUGAAUGGAAGCCAUAAUGUGUCCGAAAAGUGUGAAUCGGAUUUGAGGCAGUACUUGACAGCGUUGAAUGAUGGACUACUGUGGGCUUCCAAAAUUUAUGAUGCAUCGGGCCAGUAUAGCCCAAACAUCCUAUUUGGCAACGAAUUCUGGCUUGGAUCAAUAAACGCAUGUCGUGAUUUGCAACACAAAGAGUACUAUGCGCAGACGCCGCCUUUCCCUUGUACCUUCUAUGUUGCCAAGAUUAAUCUUACCGUCGAUGGAGAUCACAUACCACAGACAAGGCCGAUGCUCGUCGGUCAGUGCGUGCCGGCGUCUUGCAAUAAAGAUGAUUUGAAAUCUGUAUUGGAUGCUGCGGAGACGAAAAUCGUUGAAGAGGCCAUAACUAAUGGAUUCAGUGCUUCCUUCACUACUCUCUACGUCCGACCUGUCCCUGGCACUUAUGACAUUUUAAAAGAUUUUAAAUUUCAUAUAUUAACGACCGUUAUUUUGACGGUAUCAGUGUGGAUGUUGGUAGCUUCUAUCUACGAAGGUUAUUUGGAAAGAAAAUAUCGCAAUAAAGAACCGAAGGAUCUGGAAGUAGCCAACAACAAUCACAAACCAACUAUGAAUAACAAUAAUACACCACAAGUGACUGAAAAAAAUGUGAAUAAUGAUAUCAAAGAAAAAGAUACAAGAAGAGAUGUUUGCGGAGUAUGGUCUGAAAUUCUGCUGUCAUUUUCAAUACUUUCUAAUGGGCGAGCCAUUCUGAGCACACAAAAGCCAAACGACGGAGCACUAACUUGCUUACACGGCAUGAGAUUUCUUUCCGUAUUAUGGGUCAUCAUGGUGCACACGUACUUGACAGUUUUUUACAUAGCCGAUAACAAGACUAUGAGAGUGGUCACUGAAAGGAAUUUUCUUUAUCAAUCAGUUGGUAAUGCAUCCUACUGUGUGGACACCUUUUUCUUUAUCAGUGGUCUCCUCGUUACUGUGCUUUUCUUGAGAACAGAGGAAAGUAAGGCUAAUCGGCAAAAAAUUGCAAAAUGCAGGGAAAAUAAUAAGGAAACAAACAAAAACCAGAAUAGUUAUACGAAUUCUGCAUUAUCAGUCUCAGUGGUUAGCCAAGAAUCCUUCUACGAAGAUUUACUUGACAAGCCAGAAGUUAAGGUUUACAGCAGACAAGAAAUCUUCGGGAUGACGAAGUCUUUUCUUGUUCUCCUAUCAUACCGCGUCGUGAGGCUGACACCGGCUUACGCCUUUGUCAUCGGUUUGAAUGAACUGGCACUUCGAUAUACUUACGACCACACGGUAUUCGAACCGGCAAUUUUCGAUCACAUCAACUGUAAUCUUUACUGGUGGCGCAACUUGCUCUACAUAAAUAAUUUAUUUCCGCAAAAAGAUAUGUGCAUGGUCUGGUCCUGGUACAUGGCUAAUGACACGCAAUUUUAUGCUGUCGGUAUAAUACUAUUAUUAAUAUCCAUUAAGCAUACGAGAUUCGCGAUGGUGUCCCUGAUCCUGGUGUUGGUUAGUUCCUGGGCAACCACCAUCUACGUGUCGGUGUGGCACCAGUAUAAAGCUCGCAUUCAAGAGCCUUUUGAAAUGUUUGAUCCACUUUAUGACAAACCAUGGUCCCGUAUCGGACCUUACUUGGUUGGAAUGAUCGUCGGGUGGUAUUUACAUAAAACUAAGUGUCAAGUAAAAAUGCCAUAUUGGUUAGUAGCGAUCGGUUGGCCAACUUCACUCAUUAUUAUUGCCAGCCUCAUCUUUGGUAUGGUAGACGGAUACUUCGAAGUCUGGCCAACCGCCUUUUACGUCAGUAUUGGUCAUACAGGAUGGGGAGUAGCUCUCGCAUGGAUUUCAAUAGCCUGUUGCUGUGGUUACGGAGGGCUCAUCAAAUCAGGGCUUUCUUAUCGUGGACUGCUACCACUCAGCCGACUAACGUAUUGUGCGUACCUCGUGCAUCCAACCAUCAUGAUGUAUACCUCCUUCUUGCUAGAUGGGCCUUUACAUCUAGAAAACUCUAUGGUGCUCGUGAUAUACUCGGGGUACGCCGUCAUGGCAUUCCUGGCUUCGUUCGCUAUUUCACUGGCAUUUGAAGCACCCGCAGUGAGGCUGUUGAAGAUUAUCACUGGAGGUAGCAAGAGCGAAAAAUAG